AUGACAUCCCCAAACACAACCCCCCUCCCCCCACCCCCCACAAUCUCCACGCACACCAUCCAAAUGGCCGGCCUCCUCGUCGACGUCCACGGCCUCUCCGACUUACCCCCCACCACCACCCACGUCUCCUGUCUCUGGCUGCACCAUCAACGGACCCGCCGACGCGAGGACCUUGCUGGGAUUGCGGCGCGGUGCGUGGGGGGGUGGAAUGCGCAGGUUGCUACUGAUUUAAACGGGAAGGGAGAGGGAAAAGGGAAGGGGAAAGGGACGAGAGGGUUGGUGGCACUGGCGUAUGAUCAGAGGAAUCAUGGGAGUCGGAUCGUGGAUGAGAAGGCGAAUGGGAGUUGGCGGGAUGGGAAUGGGAGGCAUGCGGUGGAUAUGUUGGGGUUGGUGGCGGGGAUGGUGGUUGAUCAGGGGGUUUUGAUAGACCUCGUCCAAGGCUACCUCUUCCCUGGCGGCGAGAAGCAGAUUGACCAGCACAUCGCCCUGGGUGUGUCACUCGGGGGCCACUCUGUAUGGCAACUGCUGCUGGCCGAGCCGAGGGUCACAGCCGGUGUGGUCGUUAUCGGAUGUCCGGAUUACAUGAACCUCAUGGCCGACCGCGCCCGCCUCAGCAAACUCCCAACCUAUUCCGCCCAAGACGCCGGCGCCUCCUUCCUCGGCAGCCGCGAUUUCCCGCCCUCUCUCAUCCAAGCAUCCCAGAAAUACGACCCCAAAGCCAUCUUCUUCGGCACUGACCCCAUCCCAGACUUUUCUUCUGCCUCUAACCCCAAGUCUAACGACGAUGAGACAUCCCGGCAACGCCAAAUCCUCCACACCCGCCUCGCCAACAAGAAAAUCCUCCUCUGCUCCGGCGCCAUCGACAAGCUGGUCCCCUACCGCUGUUCGGAGCCCUUUGUGCGGUGGCUGAAGCAGGCAGCGGGGGUGUGGUGGACGGAGGAAGGGGUGGAGGUGGAGGAUCGGGUGUAUGAGGGGGUUGGACACGCGUUUAGUGCGGAGAUGGUGAGGGAUGCGGUGCAGUUUGUUGUGGGGGUUGUUGCGGGUGCUGAUGGUGAACAGAAGGGAGAGGAGAGAGGGGGGUCGAAGAUUUGA